GCAACGGGGAGCGGCGCUGGUGCCCGCUUUCGGUUUUGUUUCCUGACAGCCGCUGGCUUUCGGGAACGGGAAGGUGGCCCGGGAGGGCUCCCCGCGCGCUCCGGCUGAGCGCUGGGAAACGCGGGGCUGGGAGCCCGGCGCCGGGGCUUUCCGCGAAGGGCCGCAGCCGGCAGGAUUUCCCGGCGCGGUCCCCGCCGAUGACCCCGCAGUGGGGGCGGGCGGGGAAGGCCGGGGCCGGGGUCUUACGCACCGGCGGCGACCGGGGAGGGCCGGGUCGGGCUGAGGCGAGUCGAGGCGGGGCGGCCGCCGCCGCCCCGCAGAGUCCCAGCGGCCGCCGCCGGGAGCAGCCGCCGGGGGAGGCGGCCCGCAGCGCCCCGAGGGUCCGCCAGAUACUGUGAGUGGGCUGUCAAGUGGAAAGAAGAAAAUACUUUCUGAAAACUUUUAAGUGGUCGUUUCACAGUAUUUUAACUCUUCUGAGAAUCUCAACCCUUUUCUGAGAUAUGCAAAGACAACAUAACUGGGUGAACUUACACUGAAACAUAGGUUUAAAGUUCUGUUUUGUGCUGUUCACCAGGUUAUCCUGCUACGAUCCGCAAGUUAAUAUGUCAGAAGCUGGCAGGAGGUGAGAAGAAGCAUUGUGGUAGGUUCUGUAAGAAAAAUAGAGAGAAGAUUGCAGCUUUGGUAAAGAUCUUUGACUGGCAUCUAGGUCUUGAGCUGCUUCAACCAAUCCAGCCAGGGGAUCCUUCUGCUCAGGGUGAAACAGGAGAAGGGUCUGUAAUGGUUAUUGGAGUGGGUUUUUUCAUGGGCAUGUGGAUUUGACCUGGACUUACUUUUCUUCUCCCUGAAAGUGAAAAAUUGAGUACAGCGGCAGACUUUGUCAGUCUUGAGGAAUUUUGUUCUAUCUACAUCAUGGAAAAGCCUUUGCUUUUAUAUAUAUUUUUACUCUACUGGCAUUUCCUAAAUGCGUUAUUCACAGUUGAAGCUCCCCAGUCACUCUACACUGUGGAACAUGGUAACAAUGUGACCAUGGAAUGCACAUUUCCAGUGAAUGGGAAAUUAAAGUUUGGAGAUUUAAGUGUCAGCUGGGAAAAGAAAGAUAAGUUAAAGAAGCAGGUUUAUGUACUUCUUAAAGGAGAGGAAGACUUCAAAAGUCAGCACAGUGACUUUAGGGGAAGAAUAAAAUUGUUGAAGGAGAAUCUGAACUUGGGACAGUCUCUCCUUCAGAUCACUGAUGUGAAGCUCAGAGAUGCAGGGUUUUACCGCUGUCUUAUUGGCUACGGGGGAGCCGACUACAAGACCAUUAACCUGAGAGUUAAGGCUCCUUAUAGAACUAUAACCCAAGGAGUGGUGAGCACAGGAGGCAACAAAUGGAAAUUGACAUGUCAGUCAGAAGGAUAUCCACAAGCUGAAGUGAUAUGGCAAAACAGAGAAUAUGAAGAUUUGACUGAUAAGGCAAACACAAGUUAUGAAACUGGAAGUGACCAGCUGUAUCGUGUGACAAGUACCCUUACAAUCAAAAGUAGAACUGAUGAGAUUUUUUACUGUAUAUUCUGGAACAAAGAGCUGCAAGAAAAUACAUCUGCGGUUUUACACAUAGCAGAUUCAGCUGAUGGUGUUCUGUGGACUGAGAGCAGACGUUUUGUUGGAGCAAUUCUCAUUGUGACUGCUUUAUUUGGAUCAGUGCUUCUAGUUAUGCUCUGCCUAAGAAAAGCUAGAGCAAAUAAGGACAACAGAACACCUGUGGCUACUUCAUCAACAGCAAAGCUGUCAAAAGAUAAGGAUACAUAUGACUGCAGAGAUGCUUCUUUUGAAGACAAAGAGCUGAAAUAUAUGCAAAUUGAGAAGACCUAGAGAAAGCAGGGGAAGCUUUUUUCCUCUGUGGUGAAAGUUUGACAGCUCAGAUGUUCUGUGUUCUGUCUGUUAAGGGGAUAUUCUUUUUUUAUUUCUGUUCUGCGAUGGCAAUCUUCUUCCAUAUUGUUGUAACUCAGGAAAAACUGCAGUGAAGUUAAUAGAAUUAUUUUAGUGUAAAAAGUCCUUGAAUUCAGGCUUCUGUGACUAGGUUUGGAGGUAUUUAUUUAAAUAUCCAAGUUUCUGCUUUCUCAAGUUUAUGCACUGUCAAAGACACGUCAAAAAGAUCUUUUAAGGUAAAGCACUUUAGGUCUAUGACCAUCAUGAAUUUCAUAGCUAGUUCUUGAAUAGGCCACCUUCUGGGCUUUCUUUUUUUCUUUUUUUUUUUCCCCACCUGAGCUCUCAGUUCCUUGCAGAGAUUUUGUUUUGCAGCUUUUGAACAGUUUUUUCAAUACUUGAUCCUCAUAAAAGAUAAGGGUGCAGUAAGACAAGAUGCUGUACAGACAGGGCAAUUUCUGUCCUUACGGUAGAUCUUAAAAUACCGGAUACUCACAGCUAAGCCUGAAAUAGAUGCUGUAACCCUCUUGGCAACUAUGGCUAGGCAAUUAUUAGAUAAUACUGAUCUUCUUGAUCUCUUUCUCUGAAAAGUGUUUUGGGAAUUUAAUUUCCUUGUGAUAUAGCUGGCACUACUUGGUUACCGCUCAUUACUAUUCUGAUUUACUAUUUGGGGAUAAUGCAACGCUUUGGACAUUCUGGAAGAACGGCGCUUGAUUUGGACUGCCUUUUUGUUCAUCUUGGGAACAGAAGAAAGGGAACCUUCUCACUUCUAGGACAUGAAAUAAAUGCUCAUGUGAUUACUUAAGAAAUGCUGAGGGAACAUGCUCCUGGAUUCCAUUUCUUAAGCUAUUGCUUUGUUACAUUUUGCUAGGUGCAAAAUAGCUUUUUUUUUUUUUGGUCAUACACAGAUGAAAAUUAUUUAUUACAAUGCUAUUCACAGUUAUAUUUUUUUAAUAAAAUAUGUUGUGUUUUUCUU